GUUGAAACAGAAUAUCUCUACUCUACCCCAUAAAUACUACUUUAACCCUAGCCAUUUCAUUUCUUCCGUGGCCAAGACUCCCAAAGCAGUGGGUGAAACUUACGGGUGUUUCUGAUAUUUACAAAUCUUUUAGGUGAAGCACAUCAUUGUCGAAGUUUCUUUUAUGUCCAUACAGACCAUAUCUUGUUUGGGAUCGGUUGGAGAAUUUUGCCCUUGUUCCAGAAAAAAGAUCAGACCCUUGUCUGAUACAAUUGGCUGUAUGCAUCUCGUGCCAUUUCAGGAGUACCCUGAAAAGCCUUAUGGUUGCAGCUGGUUGCAACCUUUCCUGACAGUUGAAGAUCGGUCUUCUCUUAUCCAAGAAGCUUUAGAAGACAAUAGUGCUGUUGCAUACAUUUGGACUGCCAGCAUUUACUCCUCUUAACAUCUUUAUUUUUUUACCUUGGGAUCAAGAUGGCUUUGCUGAACAUAGGAGCUGAUAAUAGAGAUGAUGCCUUCUACAGAUAUAAGAUGCCUAAAAUGAUUACCAAAAUUGAGGGACGCGGAAAUGGCAUCAAGACAAAUAUAGUCAACAUGGUUGAUAUUGCGAAGGCUUUGGCUCGGCCACCCUCCUACACCACGAAAUACUUCGGUUGUGAGCUUGGUGCUCAAUCUAAAUUUGAUGAAAAGACUGGUACUUCUCUUGUUAAUGGGUCCCAUGACACUGCUAAGCUUGCUGGACUCCUUGAGAAUUUCAUUAAGAAAUAUGUCCAGUGUUAUGGUUGUGGAAACCCAGAGACUGAGGUAGUAAUCACAAAAAAUCAGAUGAUCCAAUUGAAAUGUGCUGCUUGUGGCUUUUUGUCAGAUGUGGAUAUGCGGGACAAGCUCACCACUUUCAUAGCGAAGAACCCACCGGAAACAAAGAAAGCAUCAAAAGUCAAGAAGGCAUUACGGAGAGCUGAGAAGGAGCGGCUAAAGGAAGGUGAGGCUGCUGAUGAGGAACUGAAGAAACUGAAGAAGGAGGUGAAGAAGAAAGGAUCUUCUUCAAAGGAUGGUGCAACAAAAGCAAUAUCUUCAAAGAAGAAAGGAAAUAAUUCUGAUGAGGAUCGCAUAUCACCAGCACAUAGUCAGGCUGAUGAGAAGGAAGAGUUUGAUGAUGAUGAUGUUCAGUGGCAAACUGAUACAUCAUUUGAGGCUGCUCGUCAACGAAUCCAAGAGCAACUGAGUUCUGUGACAGCUGAUAUGGUCAUGCUGUCUACAGAUGAGUCAGAAAAGAAGGCUAAGACAACCCAAAAUGUUGUUGGUAGUCCAAAAAAUUCUACACUGCAUGCUGGGCAAACCAAGGCCGAGAAUGGGAAUUUAUGCUCCCAUGAAAAUCUUGUUAAUGAGCUAAAAGCAAAAAUACAGAAAGGUCUUACUGGGAAGCAAUUGCAAUCCGUUAUGGAAUCUCUCUCUGGAUCUGCUCAGGAAAAAAUGACUGCUCUGUUUGAGGCACUUUUUGAUGGUUUUGAGAAAGGAUUCGCAAAGGAGGUGGUCAAGAAGAAGAACUUCCUUGCUGCAGCUACUGCUACUCAGGAGGAGCGAUCACAGUUGCAUCUGCUUCGAGCAAUUGAAGCAUUCUGUGGCAAGUCAUGCUCAUUGUUGAAGGAAGUGGCAUUGGUUUUGAAGGCUCUCUAUGAUGCUGAUGUAUUGGAGGAAGAGGACAUAGUGCAUUGGUAUCAAGAGGGGCUUAACGGUGGCAAUCAGGACUCUCAGAUCUGGAAGAAUGCCAAGCCCUUUAUUGAGUGGCUGCAAAGUGCUGAGUCUGAGUCUGAGGAGGAAUAAUAAUAUCUCUGCCACUUAUGUUAUGUAAGCUUUUCUCUGGAAGUUUUCUAUGUUACUGCCUUACUGGUCUAAUAAGACAAUUUGUCAUUUAAUUUUCCUUAAAGACCUAUGAAUUAAAUAAUUUUAUGUAGUGUUACUUA